AUAAUAUAACUAAUGGAAAGGUCUAGAAUAAAAGCACGACUAAAUAUAUUAUAUACGUUCCUUCAUUUACUUCGAAGCUCAUCUUUACCAAGGAGUCAGAUAUCUGCAAUGUCCACCACCGGUUCUCUGCUUUUGCUUGCAUUCCUCUCUUAUCUUACCAUUCUCACUGCCCAGGCUUCCGUCUUCAGCUAUACCUACUGUUUCAAUCAGAAAGGUAACUAUACAAAUUCAAGCAUGUACCAAACCAACCUUGAUAUCGUUCUCUCAGGUCUCACUUCCAACACUCAAAUUGACUAUGGCUUCUACAAUCUCUCUCACGGCGGCCAGAAUCCUGACGGGGUUAGCGCAAUUGGCUUGUGCAGAGGAGAUGUUAAGCCAAAUGAAUGCCGAAGUUGCCUCAAGAAUGCCUCAAUUCUGGUCCCAAAUAAGUGUCCCAACAAGAAGGAGGCAAUGGGAGGCUAUAAUGAAUGCGUUCUCCAUUACUAUAGCCUCGGGGCCCUGGAAUCUAAUACUCCGAUCUGUAUGAAGAACGUGAAUAACGCAACAGACGUAGACAAGUUCAACCAAGUGGUCAGUGACUUAUUGUACAAACUGAGAGAAAAAGCUGCGGCUGGAGAUUCACUUCGAAAGUAUGCAGCAGCAAAUGAAACGGGUCCAGACUUCCUAACAAUAUUUGGUGCAGUUCAGUGCACUCCUGAUUUGUCUCAGCAAGAUUGCUCCGACUGCUUGGUGCGCGCUACCUCGGAAAUUCCGAAUUGUUGUUCGACCAAGAUAGGUUGUAGGAUUAUCAUGCCGAGAUGCAAUGUUAGGUUUGAGAUUGGCCGUUUCUUUGAUCCCGUCCCUGAGGAUUCACCAUCACCUUCUCCUCGUUUUUCUACUCCAACGUCCGCCUCUGGAGGGAAAAGCAACGAAUCAAGAUCUGUCAUUGUCAUAGUUGUGCCGAUUGUUGUAGCGAUCUUAAUGCUAAUUGCAGCUGUCUUCAUCUAUUUCCGAAAGAGGAAACACAAAGAAACAAGUCAACCUGAUGAAGCUGAUCAACUUGACGAUGAAAUUAAACCUACUGAGUCAUUACAAUUAGACUUUGACACCAUCAGACUUGCAACAGAUAAUUUUUCGGAUGCAAACAAACUUGGACAAGGAGGAUUUGGACCAGUUUACAAGGGUAAGCUCUACAAUGGAGAAGACAUUGCUGUCAAGAGGUUAUCCAUGAAUUCUGGGCAGGGAGAUAUAGAAUUUAAAAAUGAAGUAAUACUGGUGGCCAAGCUUCAGCAUCGCAAUUUAGUGAGACUACUUGGUUUUUGUUUGGAAAGAAGAGAAAGGCUACUCGUAUAUGAGUUUCUUCCAAAUAAAAGUCUUGACUAUUUAUUAUUUGAUCCAACACAGCGUGCUCAACUGGAUUGGGAGAUACGUUACAAGAUUAUAGUGGGCAUUGCUCGUGGUCUUCUUUAUCUACAUGAGGAUUCUCGACUACGAAUUAUUCAUCGUGAUCUCAAAACAAGUAAUAUUCUUUUGGAUGAAGAAUUGAAUCCCAAGAUAUCAGAUUUUGGUAUGGCAAGAUUGUUUGUUGUAGAUCAAACGCAAAGCAAUACUAGUAGAAUAGUUGGAACUUAUGGAUACAUGGCUCCAGAGUAUUUAAUGCAAGGACAAUUCUCCAUGAAAUCGGAUGUCUUUAGUUUCGGCGUCCUAGUCUUAGAAAUUAUAAGUGGGAAAAAAAAUAGUGCCACCUUCCAUGGAGAGAAUUCACAUGAUUGUCUGAUAAGCUUUGCAUGGAAAAAUUGGAGGGAAGGGGCAGCCUCAAAUAUAAUAGAUCCUGUGUUGAGCAAUGGUUCAAGAGAUGAAAUAAUGAGAUGCAUCCACAUUGGAUUACUAUGUGUUCAGGAAAAUGCAGCUGAUAGGCCAACAAUGGCUUCAAUUUCACUUAUGCUGAGCAGCCACUCCCUGUCUCUACCAUUACCAUCCCAACCUCCAUUUUUAACAAAUAACAUAAGCUUAUCAGAGAUAAACUCGAGGGAAUAUAAUUCAUCUGAGGCAACAAGAUCAAGUGAAAGAAGAAGCAAUAACUCUGUUGAAGCCUCAAAAAAUGAAGUCUCAUUUACUGAGCUUUAUCCUCGCUAAAUCUAGCCUUAUAGUUUCGGGUAACAUUCGAUGUAUCCAUUAUAAUUUGCAUGUCACCCUUCCAAAUAAAAAUGAAAGCUUGCUUUUACCCAAAAAAUAAAUAAAUAAAAAAUGAAUAGCCAUUCGUCUAGAAAUAAACAGAUUCUGUACAUGCUGGUAUAGAAUUAUUUCCACUUAAACUUGUGAAAUGUUUAAUCUCACAAUAAUAUUUCAAAGGUUCACUUGUGUGAAUCGGUUUUUGUA